AUGAGCAGUGAAAAUCAUCAUUACUUUUACCAUCAGAACCUGCAAAUCCAUCGCAGAACCACGUUUCUGCCGAUGCUAUGUGCAAGGCCAUCAUCGAUGAAAGAUGUGAGUCUUCCACAGUGGAGAGACCAAACAGGAUCCUUUUCCAAUGACCCUUUGUCCCCAAGAAUUGGUUGCAUGGGUCAGGUCAAGAGGCACAACAAAAUAGUUGGUAUUCUCAGUACCAAAAGUAGCACCACCACCAACGUCAUUUCCCCUACUGUUAAGUAUUCCAAGCUUAAAAAGCUCUUUUCUGGCAAAAACUUAGGCACCACCAACACCAACACCAAUGUUACAGCAAAUGUGUCAAGGAACCACAACAAGCAGAGGUGUACGAGGAAUGAGAAUGUUGUUCCCAUAAGCAUUGAAAACAUGGAUCUUCCUCUACCUGUGAUCAAGAGAGUGCAGAAGAAGCCAGAGGAAGAUACUCUUUGGAAAAGAAGGUCUGGUGGGGCUGCAUUGAAAACCUUGCAACUUCAACAGAUUCAUCGUUCAAGACAUCAUCCUCAGCUUACAAGUGUUUGAUUUUAUGGCUCAUCACAUCAGAUAUGGCAGAUGCAAAAUUCUUCUUCUGUUUUUCCUUUUCCUUUUUUCUCUUGAAAUUUUUACAUUGGAUAUAAUCUAAAUGGCAUGUUUUUAGUUUUCGUGCUGUUUGAUUUCCUGGUGUAUUUCACAUGGAGUUGGUACAGAAUAUCCUAGUUAUGUUGUAUACCAUAUAUCAUGAAUAGAUCAGAUCAUAGAUCUAGCUUUUCUGUGUGUUCCAAGGUUAACUAAAAGAACCUACAAUUGAGGUUUCUUUGUAAAAGUUGCAGGAUCUG